AUGCCAGCCAUAGACAACACUGUCAAGCUCACACACUUGACAACAAAGUCUGAAAUUGACGCACCAGUCAACGAAGCCACCAUGCAAAGCAUCAAAGAACGCAAAUCAGCCCAGUUCGAACAAUUCGGCGCUGACCCAUGGAUUGCCCCGGUCUCAAUCGAACCAAUCUCGACCAAGUUUCCCGACAACCAGAUCGAAAUGCUCAUCGUCGGAGCAGGAUCGGGCGGAAUCCGAUACGCAGUCCAAAUGAUCAAAUCGGGCAUUCCGGCCCAGAAUAUUCGAAUCAUCGAUCCAGCUGGUGGAUUCGGGGGAACGUGGUACUGGAAUCGAUACCCAGGGGUGAUGUGUGAUGUCGAGAGCUACAUCUAUCUGCCUUUCCUCGAAGAAACGGGGUAUGUACCUCGACAGCGAUAUUCGUGCGGCGAGGAGAUACUCGAAUAUGCCAAUCUUGUCACCAGACAUUUCGGACUUGUCGAGUGUGGUGUCUUCCAGACUCAAGCAGAAAAAUUGGUUUGGGAUGAUGAUGCGAAGAUAUGGCAUGUCGGUCUUGUGCAGUCUCGCAAGGGUGAAGAUCCGCAACGACUCGGUGUUCGAUCUAAUUUCGUCUCGAUUGCGGUGGGAGUCCUGAACUGGCUGAAAUUCCCAGGCAUUCCGGGGAUUCUGGAUUAUCGGGGUGAGAUGUUUCAUACGUCGCGUUGGGCAUAUGAUAUCACUGGUGGAUCUCCCAAGGAUCUAUGUCUUGACAAGCUGAAGAAUAAGACAGUGGCUAUCAUCGGUACCGAAGCCUGUUCUAUCCAAGCUGUGCCACAGCUCGCACGUUGGUGCAAACACCUCUAUGUCAUCCAGCGAACUCCCGCUUCAGUCGACAUUCGUGACCAGAGAGAGACGGACGUACACCGGUUCAAUGCAGAGGUUUGCACAGACAAAGGAUGGCAAGGAGAGCGAAUGAAAAAUUUCAACGCGCAUUUCACGCUCGGUGAGCCGCCAGCUGUGAAUCUCGUUGACGACGAAUGGACUCGUGUACCGGCCUUGGUCGGAAUCACCGGCAAUCCAAACGGGCCUAUACCACCCAGCGAAAUUGCCGCAUACACAUCGAAAUUGAUUGAAAUCGACAUACCCCGACAGAACCGAAUUCGCGCGCGGGUUGACGAGCAAGUCAAUGAUCCAGUCACAGCAGUGAAACUGAAGCCCUGGUACCCAUCCUUCUGCAAGCGACCUCUCCUCCACGACGACUAUCUGGCGUCUUUCAACAAAAGCAAUGUGUCUCUCAUCGACACAGAUGGAAAAGGCGUGGGUAGAAUUACUGCCGACUCCUUGAUCGAACAACCGCCGACAAGGCUAACCCUGACCAUAAUCGGGAAGAACGGAGUUUCCAUGAGUACUGAAUGGCCUCGCUUCGGGCCAACGACUUUGCGCGGAAUCCUUGACGUCAAGUUUCCGAAUCUGUUCCUCUCCGGUCCCCAACAAGCCGGACUUAGCGGGAACUAUGCCUUCACUCUGGGCGAAUAUGCGAAGCAUGCAGCGUACAUUCUCUCCGAAUCCAAGCAUCGCGCCAAUGGAAAACCUUUCGCUGUUGCGCCCACUGCCGAAGCCGCGGAGGACUGGGCUAAACUGGUCACAAUGAAUUCGCCGGCAAUGGCGGUGAUGGCCGGGUGUAUGCCGGGAUAUUACAAUCUUGAGGGCGAACUGGUGCGUCUGCCGGUGGAGUAUCAAGCUAUCGCUGCGCGGUCGGGGGUCUGGGGCUCUGGAAUCGAGGACUGGUUAGAUGUGAUUGAGAAAUGGCGCGCGGCUGGUAGCAUGGAAGGGAUCGAGCUGCGGUUUUAG